AUGGACAGAGAGGAACGCAAGAUCCAGCGUCGUUGUGAACUCCCCGUGCAAGAUGCUACAGAGUUGAACGAAAGAGUGGAUCUCGGCCGUGCUGGAGUAAGCGACGCACCUCAGGGAUCUGCGAUUACCGAGGACGGCAACAGUUAUUGUAUAAGGGGCCCAGGGUCCUUGUACGCGACGAGGACCCUUGUCGAGUUUCACGAGCGCGAUCCGACAGGUGGCGAUGCGUUGAAGCAAACAUCUCUGCGCGAUGGCUGCCAACUCCUCCGAUCCAAACACAUCCCUGAGACGUCUCCGAGGGUUCUUGUGACGGUCGAGAACGGAGAGCGCACGCACCACGGCAUCAGAGCUCGAAGCCUGCAGUCCAAAGAAAAUGACGGUAAAUAUCGUGACGAAGGCGCCGAGACAUGGCCAGACAGAACACGGCGACGAUACCCGUCUCAAGGGACGGAGACUGGUGAGGAACAGCUAUCGGCUCCUUCCGAAUCUGAGCAAAACGGCGUCCAUGAUAAUACUCCCGCCAAAGAAGAGCUCAGGCGUCUGCGUACGCAAUUGCUGACGCUGCAGGCUACCGUGAAGCCUCGUCGACGAAUUCCCGGAUUGGAUUUUGCUGAGAGUUGGGCUCUUGAGGACUUUUCAGCCAAGUACGUGCCCUACGUCCCUGAGUUCCAAGUCCAAUUCUCUGCCUCCAUAGGGAUGGAAACCGCGUCACCUGUGCAGUCGGAGGACCCCGGGGCGUUUAAGAGCGUGAUAAAUAGCAGCGGGGAUGGCGAGGGCGGGUCGUUCCAGGUCGUUCCCUCUCCCACCCCCGACGCGAUGCCGCCUCUCCCCACGAGUCCCAUCAUACACCGCGUCGUCCAGCUCGCCGCGAAGACGACUGGCACGACCCGCAAAGAGGAGCGGCCGGGCGGGACCGCCUCUCCUAGCACGCCCAUCGCCCUCGUCGUCGCAAGCGCUGACUCACAGCUCACGAACGGCCCACGUCCCCCUCCCGACCUUUCCCUUUCAAUUGGCCAGAAACCCAUUAACACCUGGCCUCGUCGUCUCACAAGAAUCCCACCUCGCAAGGAACCCCCGCCCCGCCCGACCGACGCGCCUGCAACGGCGCGCUACCGGCCGGACUCUAGCAUGAUAAAAUAUCUCACAAUACAAUACC